UGCAUUUCAAGAUUGCUGUCAUUUCCGCAGGUCAGACCUUUAGGGGUGCUUGGGUACCUUCUAGAGCGUUAGACCCAGCACCCCUUUCCUACUUCUGCAGACUUUUGUCUGCGCCAUGGCUGAGCUGAUUCAGAAGAAGCUACAGGGAAAAGUGGAGAAAUAUCAACAGCUACAGAAGGACCUGAGUAAAUCUAUGUCAGGGUGGCAGAAGCUGGAAGUACAACUAGUGGAAAAUAAUAUCAUGAAGGAGGAACUGACUCUGUUGGAUGGGUCUAGCAAGGUCUUUAAACUUCUGGGUCUUGUGCUGGUCAAACAGGAACUGGGGUGCACUCAGGCCACAGUGGGGAAGAGCCUGGACUAUAUAACAGCUGAAAUUAAGAGAUACAAAUCCCAGUUCAGUAACCUUGAGCAGCAGUCAGAGCAACAGAGGAAGACCCUCGCUCUGCUGAAGCAGGUGUUCCAGUGGGCCCAGGUGACAAAGGCAGGGGCUCCUGGGAAGGCCUGACCCCAUGGCUGGGGGAAGGGAGGGAAACCAGGCAGCUCUACGGUUUAUAG